CGAAACCUCACUAUCUCCUAUUGUUUGCCGCCGCCGACGACCAUGGUUGUGAAACAUUGGAUCUUGUUUUGAUGAUUAAUUAAUCUACAAACUAAAUCAAUGGAUGCGCGAACGCAAGACUGCAUUUCUGGGGGCAGAGGCUUGCUUGCUGGUGGGUUCGGUGAAGAAUGCGCAGCGGAACGAUUACAGGUUCAUAUUUAGGGAAGAUGCUCGCUGUGAGACCCUGAGAAUUGGGGUUUUCCAGGGUGGAGCCGCUUUCAUUUUGGUCUCCAGCUUUGCUUCCAAGUUGAAUGCCUACUGGUCGGAGGAGGAAGAGGAAGGCGCCGGCGCCAACGAGGGCAAUCCGGGCGCCUAUACUCCGAUAUGAGUUUGUUUCUGUACGGUACGUUUUACUUGGAUUUGAUUCUAUAAAAAAAAAUUUAAGGG